AUGCUCUUCAACAUUCUUGGACUGCUUGUACACGAGAUUACAUUGGACGCACCGGUAAUGAAUGUUGAAUGGGUUGGUGACAUGACGGAAUCUUCGUCACCCGACUUCCUUGCCAUACAAGAUACCCCAGUGCAUCGGCUUUCAGUUGGUCGCGGCAAUAACAUUGGCACUGCAAAGUCUGACUUACUUCGUAAUGGCGCCGACGAAAGGAACAGGGUACCCAUACGCCCAUUUCGGGAUAUUCCCUCCCAGGACAGCAGAAAGAAGAAUCCAAGUGUGCAUAUUCACAGAUCUUCGGGUGCCUCAAGUAGAUCAGCUUUGCGGGUACACAAGGCUCGCGGAAAACCAAGACAGCCGCUGAGAAGACCGCGCGUAGUAGCAGAGACCUUCCAAUCACCUCCACCAUCACCAAAUUCACCUUCGGGUAGCUCAGACUCAAGAUUGGUUGUGGCAGAUCAUGUUAUUCAAGAACAUGUGAAAUGGCCGCAGGCACCGAGAAUGCAAGGAGCUCCUCAUACACGACAGUCUUACCCGCCACCUACCUCUUCUAGUUCGCCUGAAGGCCCUGAGCUCUCGAGACAAGAAUGGUUCACACCGCGAUCUGCAAGAAGAGCAGAGCACAAGGCCUCGCUGAAAGGGAAAGAAUCCUCAACUAGAAAUUAUGGAGUUUCUCUGCCAGAAUCUGCUCCCUACUAUUCCACGACCGCCGAGCCAGAACGAUCCUCCAACUAUGGUGGUUCUGAAACGUUCUUAUCCAUUUCAGAUUCCUGGCCCAUCAAGAAUACCCAGGGUAUCUAUGGAAACAUUCAGGACAGCAAUAUUGUUCCCAAGGAAUCAGCGAAGAAUGCGCGUCGAAUAUCUGCUGCCAAAGGAGAAGCACCAUUUGAAAGGCGCAACGGAAGAACCACAUGGCCAAGCAAGUCGAUGGAACACAAUAGCCCUCAGGGCUAUGUCGAUACCGCUGCGUCCAGGCGUUCCUCUCUCGAUGAACUAUACUUCCGCAGGCCAUCUCAACCCAACAAGAGUUACUCGGAAAACACAGCAGAUCAUGAUGUGAAUCAAGAAUCCUCCUUGGCUACAUACCACGACAUACACCGGUAUCAAUCCACGAUAGCUGAACUAGAGAGAGCAGAUUCACCAAGCAGUAUCUACUCGCGCUCCAUCUCCGGUGUGAGGAGGGUGCUUGACCGAGAGAGCCAAUUGGACGGAGACGGAGACGAGUUUUUUUCCAUGCAUUCUCAAAAUCAAGCUAGCCUCUAUGCUCCAGAUUCGCAAUCACCUACCGGACCAUCACCUCCUUACACACGCUCAUCACGUGUUCAUUCAUAUCGCCGUGAAACUGAGGGAGCGACAAUGCAGGCACGAGGUCGAUAUGGAAAGCGGGCGGCUACAGCCAACCAGGCCGACAAUUCCGCGAGUGAAAUAGCAAGAUUAAAAGAAGACCAGACGGCAUUGCGACACGACAUGGCCGCUCUGCGAAGAGAGUUUCAAGCACUGAAAGCCGUGUUGCUCAAGUCAAAAGUCUGA